UGUUGCUGGAGCGAUCGACUGUACUCCGAGAUCAUCCGACCUACUAGACUGGACGGCGAGAGCUACUACGAUCGGAAGCAGCAGUACUCGGUCAUCUUGCAAGGGGUUUGUGAUGCCCAGAAGAGGUUCCUCAGUGUCUAUGCUGGGUGGCCAGGACGCGUCCACGACAUAAGGGUUUUUCGUAAUUCAACCCUCAGGAACAAGAUUGUAGCAAGGGAGCUGCUGACAUCGCCCGCGGUGUUAGCAUAUGACGAUAGGAUCAAGCCAUACCUAAUGGGGGACAAAGGGUACCAACUCCAGCAGCAUCUGAUGAUUCCACACACAACUCCAAACCCGACACCAUCCAAGGCAGCUUUCAACCUUCAUCACCACCUUGUUCGGAUUGUUAUUGAGCAAGCAUUUGGACUUCUUAAAAUGAAGUUCAGAUGCUUGGAUCAAAAACAAAGGAUCCAGCCAAAGUACCUUCCCAACAUCAUCAAGAGUUGUUGCAUUUUGCACAAUUUCUUGAUUGAUGCUGGGGAGACUGAUCUUCAGGCGGAGAUCCAAGCUUGGAGGAAAGAGGUGAAAAGGCUCAAGGACCAGGACUUCUUUGUCGAUUACGGUGAUCCCGAGCAAGCGGAAGGGGAGCCUCGUGAGGAGUUGCACAGUCCAGAGGAUGUGAAAGAGGUUAGAGAGAACCUCACGUUUUCCCUCUGUCUUUGCCAGUGGCGUUCGUGUUUGCUUUGAAAUUUGCCGGGAAACAUUUGAAUUUGAAUUACGUGAAUUUUAAGUGUUCGAAUGCA